ACACUGUGCAGACGUCUACAAAUCUACAACACAGACACAUGACCACAUGAGGGUUGUAUCGUUUUUAAUAGAAAAAUACUUGUUAUUUUAGACAUAUUCGCAUUGCAAAGUGUUGGUUUAGUGUCGUGCUACAAUAUUUCGAAGUUUUUAGUGAAGAACUGUUGCGUAAUUGGCGUUAGAACGUGUUUUGAAGAAAGUGCGCGUUAUACAGACCUAGAAAGCAUUGGAUUGUUUGGGGUGUCUGGCGUCGUAAUUUUCUAAAUAAACACCUUUCAUUGACCUAUAUUCCGCCAGUGUCCUAGUUUUUCACGAAAGAAAAGUGAAUUUUAGUGCUUUUAAGAUAUGUAAUUACUGUUUUUAUUUAUUAUGCUUCAAUAAUGUCCCUUAAGAGUAUUGGACCGCAGCGAGGUGGGGGCGAGGUUCUUCGCUCUGGACUCUUCAAAAAAUUGAAAACCUCGCGAAAGAAGUGGUUUGUUUUGCGUGCUGAAACAUCUGAAUGUUCAGCUCGUUUGGAAUAUUAUGAUUCCGAAAAGAAAUUUAACAGCGGCCAACCUCCUAAGAGAAGCAUACCCUUGAAAACAUGUUUUAACAUAAACAAGAGGCAGGACAUUAAACAUAAGCAUGUCAUUGCACUUUAUACAAAAGACGAUUGUUUUUGCGUGGUGUUAGAUACCGAGGAAGAAUUGGAGACAUGGUUGAAGGCGCUUUUAUCACUUCAACAUGGUGAAGACCCAACUGACGGAGAGGCACCCAGACCUACAUAUGAGCACGUAUGGCAAGUUGUCAUCUUAAAUCGAGGUCUGGGAACGGGAAGGACUGGUAAUUAUCGACUAUGCCUGACGUAUAAAACGUUGUGCUUAUACAAGAAGGAUAGAGACAGUUCUGUUACCUUGAAUCUUUCAAAUAUCAGAAGUUGUGGCACUUUGAAGAACUACUUUUUUCUGGAAAUUGGCAGAUCUAGUCAGCUGGGAGCCGGAGAACUAUGGAUGGAAUCAGAGGAUAAUACAAUUGCUCAAAAUAUACACACUACCGUUUACCAUGCCAUGACCCACCAAAGACAACAUGACAAACAAAAUGAAAAACAAAAUGAACCAAAACCUGAGGAAAUGCGUGUUAGGUCGUCCUCAGCUACAGAAUCCUCAAAACCAACGAAUAAUAGCUACAGAAAACAAGUUGUUUCCGGUGUUCCUAAGACCACUACUGCUCCUUCUGUUUUUUCAACUCAAAGUGGGGGCGUCGGUAGUCCGGGAACAACAAUCAGCCACCAACGCACUCAAUCAUUACCCCUCACCGAUCAUCCCCCGCCUGCUGCGGUCGCUCCUCUUUCGACUACUUCCACUACUACAACAAUCAGUAGUACCAUAACCGAUAACUCCUUUCAUCCUUCUUCACGUGUACCCAUCACAACUACCACCACUUUCAAUGUCAAUAAGGGCAGAUCCAAUCAGGCUACGAAAUGUCGGGAAAGAUGCGACAGUAUGCCAUCGAGACCGCGCACCACGAGCGAGGGUAACCAUCAACUCACGUCGUGGAGACCAUAUUUAGCUCCUUACCGCUCUCAUGGAAGGGAUAUCUCCCAUAGUCCUCCCUCGGGCAGUCCUAUAAGUCCCCCAAGCGUUGGUUGCUCCACGGACUCGGCUGGAUCUUCCUAUAGUUUGACUGAUGAGGCUGACAUGUAUGGCGAAUGUCCAGAUCUUGGAAGAUACAAUAGCAUUCCACUUACUCCUGAUGAAGCCAUAGUCGAGGAAGAUUGUUCAGAAGGUCAAUGCGGUAUGUACGACAGUUACGUUCCCAUGACACUUCAAAGUACUGACGACGGUUAUGUGGAUAUGGUACCACGUUACCGUCACGAGAUCCAUUCACCUACUGCCAGUGUCAGUAGCGUAGUAUCUGGUACACCAUCUACCGAUAUUCGCUUUUCUGAUUAUCCCCUCGAUAAAGUAGCAUCCUAUCUCACUUCCGAAGAAGACGGAACUCGAACUGCCAGGGCCUAUUCCUGCGGAUCCAAGCCGGAAACGCUAAAAGGGAAGAAGCACGCUGAAAUAUCAGCAGAUAGUGCCAGAGUAAGGGCUUUCAGUGUUGGUUCUAAGACUAAGAAAGGACCUAGCAGGAUUUUAUCACAUCAGCAUCACGCUAGUCUGAAGUCCAUUAGUGCGCCGAUUUUAAGCAACUCAAGGAGUCACAGCUCCCAUAGCUCCAAUGAUCCCAUGGACGAUUUAAUGGAAAUGGAUUUCUCUAAAGCUUCCAACAAUAAUCAUUCAGGUAUGGAUUCGGGCAACAGAACUAUCACUACAAAUAACGGUUAUGUAGAAAUGAAACCUGGCGUUGAAAUUGCCCCAUCUCAUAAUUCAGACGUUUCACCAUAUGUUGAUAUGUCGGGGGCAUCUUCUUACAUGGAUAUGAGUGGUAGUUCUCCUUCCUCAAGACAUGAAGACGAAUGCAGCUCAUUCGUGGAUAUUAACAGACAGUACCGACUGCCUGCAAAUAAUAAUUAUGUUGACAUGGAUGCUGGAAGGAAAAAUAGAACUAAACCAUCAACGUCACCAGCUUGGACUUCUGAUUAUUGCGAUAUGUCAGGAGGAAUGAAUCAUUCUCGUCGAUCUGAGCGGGGUUCCUCGUUUUCCUCACAACUAUCGACGUCCUCGUCGCCUAGAAAUAACGAUUAUCUCUCGAUGAAUUUCUCGCCCCAAGAUAAUCCUAAAACUCCCGAAGGGUACGUAGACAUGAGUUUAGGCAAGAGACACCAGCGCCAGGGAAGUUUGGACGGAAAUCAAGUAAACGGAGGAGGCAACGACGAUUAUUUAAACAUGUCCAUAGGACCCAAGAAGAAAGUUACAAAAAAUCAGAUGGUGAUGUCGUCGCCGAUAUCAAUACACCCAACUACGACGUCACAAGCCACCAAACAUUCAUCGAGUCCCAUCUCAAUAUCAUCGUUGCUAAGCAGAAAAUCUUCCACUGGUACUUCUCCAAAAAUGCAUCUCCCUAUCUCAUCUUGGACUUCUUCGUUACCACGUAACAGAGCUAGAAAAGAUUCGAAAGAUAGCUCCAGUUCAAGCGUUACCACUCCAAGUAGCUCGAGUAUCAUUUUUCCGAUGAGUCCUAGUUCCCCUCUUAAGGUAAUCAAGCCAGAAACGCCGCCUCUAAAUCCAAAACCAUCGGCAUCCGUUCUAAACUCAUUAUAUAAAACAGGUACAAGACAACCUUCAUCUGACGAUUAUGCUAUCAUGGGUUUUGACAGCGGUCGUAACGAAAGAGACAAAGAAAACUCUGACUACGUCAACUAUUCAGCAGCAGUGUCUAACAAAAUUGAUUCUAAUCCUAAGAAAGGAUCUUUAUUUUCAACAACAAGCGACUAUGCAUGUAUGCAAUCAUCAAGCGACUACGCAUUGAUGCAACCAUCAAGCGACUACGCAUUGAUGCAACCUUCCACCACAACAGCUGAGGUCACUGAUAGACGAGAGAGCCUUGAUACAUCACCACUGAUCGGUCAUCUUUCCUUGAUCGGUAUUAAGGAAAGCCAGUCAAUGUGCUUUCAACCCAUUAAAGAAGAUUCUGGAUCCUCACCGGUGAACAAAGGUGGAAGAAAAAUUGAUGACUCUUCAGACUACAUGGAGUUAUCGCUGUCAGCCUCUAGCAGCGAGUGCGUCUCACCUGCCGCAAAAAUCUCGCGUCCAAAUUCCGUGAAUAGUGAGUCAGCCGCCAAAUCGAAUUUUUUAUCCCGCGGCAAUUCUGAUAAGUCGCGUCCACCCUCUGUUUCUUCGGACACUUCGCGAAGUGCCACAUCUCGGCCAAGCUCCACAUCUAGUGAGCUUUGGUCGUCAUCUUCAACUCUAGUCAAUUCGCGUCCCGAAUCUGUAAACUCUGAUCGAAUCGAAGGGAACUGGACAAAUAAUCCUUCACAGAAGGACGCCAAACCAGAAGAAAAGACGGAAAAUAAACUGCAUUACGCUAGUUUGGAUCUGAUAACGCAAGACGAAGAAAGUAGAAGUCCUAGAAAUACCAAGGGAUCCCAAUCUUCGGAAGAAGCUUCUUCUAGUGUUCAGGGGGAACCCACCUUCGUUUACGCUGAAAUCGAUUUUGUUGCAAGCGAAGGAUUAAAGCAGAAUAGCAACAGCAACCAAAGCUUAGGGAAUAAUAAUACAAAAGUUAAGAAUUAGUUUUAUAAUUUUUUACUAUUUUUUUUACAAUAUUAGAGUAAAUAAACAUUUUAUAACAAUUUACAGGUAUAAAUAUUUAUACAGUAUUCACUUAUCGUUCUGCAUACUUCGAAAGAAGUAAAACAUUGUCAUGUGAUAUAUUUUUGUACAGCUCACACAAAAUCAGUUAAAUAUGCCUUAAGCUUUGUUGCGAUAAAUAACACUAUAAACACGGUUCAUAUACAGCUUUGUCGAAAAAGUUUUGCUGUAGCUACAUUUUGGCAGCUUAUGAGUUCGUAAACUUGUUUUAAUACCAUACUGUGUUCAAUAAAAUAGAGACUCAAAAGUUGAUUUUACUCUAACAAAACUCGGUAGUAAGAAAUGUUUGAUUUUGUAUGGCCAUUGGGUAGAAAGUAAAUCUGAUUAUUUUACUAUGCUGUUACUAUAACGAGGCACAGACUUAUUUAAUAACUAGUAUAACCACAGAUUUUGGUCAAUGAUUCAACUACAAAACUUAACAAAUUAUCUUUUACUUUUUAUCAUUGUCACUGUCAGAAUUACUGCCAAAUAAACUGCAAAUGUCAGAGUAGUAGAGGCCUAAGUUUAUGUAUUUGUAUCAUUCCAUAAUUUAUUUGAUCAUUUUUUAUUUUUUUCAAUAAUUAUGGUUUAUCCUAGUGUUGAAAAAAAAAACAACCCGACGGUUGAUUAGUAAAAUGUUUGUUAAACAAUAAGCCUGAGAAUGUAAGCAAAACAUGCAAUAGACCAUUCCAAGGUGACGAUACUUGACAGCGUCUAGAGGGCAAACAUCAUUUGUAAACAAAGUAUGUUUAGUGCAGAAAACCAUUGUUUCAUUUAAAAAUCUCAUUAAAAUGCCAGCAUUUUGUUCAGUUGUAAUGUGUUCCAGUAGAGGUGAAAGAGAUAAAGUGAAUUUUUUUAGAAUCUGCCGCAUUUAAAGAUCUAGGAGAUAUUUUAAAUACACUCUCAAAAGAACGACUAGAGUUACGAGUCAAAGCUCUAAAAUGGGGCUCUUUUUCCGAACGUUUCUUGAAGAAUACGACAUCUUAUAAUAUAUUCCAGACAUUUCAUAAAAGGUAAGGAUACAAAAUUGUACUAAAUAAACCUAAGAAAGAUUUUCUUUAAGAAUACUGAUUUUCUGAUUAUAUCGGGUUUCACAUCCCCUGUAAGGGUAUCAUAAUAUCCAAUAUAUGACAUUUUUGCAGUUAAAACCACAGAUUUUUAAUAAUAAAACGAGAAAAAAGUAAAAAGAACACUGAAACAUCGUAAACAACAAUGAAAAAGUCGACUUCAAAGCAAUCAUAGAUAAAAGU